UGACCGGCUGUGAGAAGAGCAGCGACACUGGCGGGUGGCGACAGCGAGAUUUCUGCCUGCAUACACCCCUACACCCGCUGGGUAUAAGACGGGUCACUGCUGACAGAGGUCAGCUUGGCGUCAUCGUCUCUAUAUGGAGAAGGACAAGAGUUACAUGACUGAGAAGAUUUUAAGAAUCACCCUGGAUAUCAUCUACUUGCUGACUGGAGAGGACUACACAUUAGUGAAAAAGUCCAGUAAGGAUGUGGCCUCUACCAGCAGCCUUCAUUUGAUGGGGGGUUUAAGAAGGACUCUGCGAUGUACCACAGUUCUUCCGUGCCACUCACUAACACAUGAUAAUGAACAGAAGGUUCUAGAACUUGCCCACAAGAUCAUUCAUCUGCUGACUGUAGAGGAGGAGAACACGGGAGUUGAAGAAGAGACGUAUGUAAGAGUUGAACUGCAGUGUAAGGAGGAGGAUAUCUCAAGAGAUAUUGGUACAGAAGAGCACAACCAAUGGACCCUAUCGGACAGACAUCUUGAGUCAUCUUCAGACAAUGAAUUGGAUGGUAUUGAUGUUGCCCAAGAAUCUGCUGAAGAACAUCCUGUUACAGAAUUCUCUCCAGCUCAUGCUAAUAAUGGUGAUGACUCCAUUAUUGCAUGCAGAGUACCUCAUAUAGAUAGCAUGUUUCAGUGUAUUCCUCAGAACACAAACUUAAUGUCCAAACAGAAUCUCCAUGUAACCGAAAAGCAGUUUCCGUGUUACACAUGUGGGAGAACCUUCGGCCAGAAAGCCACACUUAUCAGGCAUGAGAGAAUCCACAGGGGAGAAGCCAUUUGCCUGCUACGAGUGAGGAAAAUGUUUUACCCAGAAAUCUGAUUUAGUUGUCCAUCAGAGAAUUCACACCAACGAAAAACCAUAUUCCUGCUGCAGUGUGGCAAAUGCUUUACCCAGAAAUCAACAUUGGUUGCCCAUCAGAAAUUUCACACCAGAGAAAAACCAUUUCCCUUGCCCUGAUUGUGGGAAAUGCUUCACCCGGAAGUCUGAUAUGAGCAAACACCAGAGGAUCACACUGGAGAGAAACCAUUCACAUGUUCUGACUGUGGGAAAUGUUUCAUACGGAACCAGAUCUGGUAAAGCAUCAGAGGAUCCACACAGGAGAAAAGCCGUUCAUCUGUUCAGAAUGCGGCUCAUCCUUUACUCAUAAGCCAAACCUUGUUGCCCAUCAAAGAAUUCACAAGGGUGAAAAACCAUUUUCUUGUUCACACUGCAGAAAAUGCUUUACCCAGAAGGCCAGCCUUCUCGACCAUCAGAGGAUACAUACAGGGGAGAAGCCAUUCUCCUGUGCAGAGUGUGGGAAGUGUUUUACCCAGAGGUCCAUCCUCUUCAAACAUCAGACUAUUCACACAG